AUGACAACCUUUGGUUACAAACAAAGCAAUUCAGAUCACACGUUAUUUUUAAAGAAGCGACAUGGGAAAAUUACUGCAUUCAUUGUAUAUGUGGAUGACAUGAUCGUCACAGGCAACGACCCAAAAGAAAUGAAAGCUUUGAAAGAGUACUUGUCCAAGGAAUUUGAAAUGAAAGACUUAGGUUCCUUAAAAUACUUUCUGGGAAUUGAAGAAUCUCGAUCGAGUAAAGGAAUCUUCAUAUCUCAAAGAAAGUAUGACGUAGAUCUACUUCAUGAAACUGGUAUGUCAGCCUGCCAACCAGCUGACACUCCAAUGGAAGAGGGUCUAAAGUUAUGUAUUGAGACAAGCCAGGUACCGGUGGACAGGAGGAGAUACCAGAGACUCGUUGGAAGACUAAUGUACUUAGCUCACACAAGACCAAAUCUCGCCUAUGCUCUGAGUAUCGUUAGUCAGUUCAUGCACAAUCCUGGUGAAAAACAUAUGAAUGCAGUCAUGCGCAUUUUGAGGUAUCUAAAAUUUGCUCCUGGAAAGGGAAUUCUAUUCUCUAAAAACACAAACAAGCCAAAUAUCGAGGUAUAUACAGAUGCUGACUGGGCCAGAGCAGUUGACGAUAGGCGAUCAACUUCGGGAUACUUUACCUUUGUAGGUGGGAACUUAGUUACAUGGAGGAGUAAGAAACAGAAUGUUGUUACAAGAUCUAGUGCAGAAGCUGAGUACAGAGGAAUGGCCUUAAGAAUUUGUGAAGCAAUGUGGUUGAAAUUUCUCUUACAAGACCUAGGCUAUUCCCUAAAGCAACCAAUUCAGCUAUAUUGUGACAACAAAGUAGCAUGUGAUAUAGCCCAUUAUCCAGUUCAACAUGACUGUACAAAGCAUGUCGAGGUAGAUAGGUUCUUCAUUAAGGAGAAACUGGAUGAAAAAAUUGUAGAAUUACCAAAUAUUCGGUCAGAAGAUUAG